AUGAGUUCCCUUGAUUUGGAGCUGAUUUCGUUGCCGGGCCGAGGACGAGCCGAAUCUCUUCGUUUGAUGCUGAUUUUUGCGUCGAAACAAUUCACGGACACUCGAAUGACGAUACAAGAAUGGAAAUUGAGCAGGAAAAAAGCCAGUCUCGAUGAAAAAACGAAAUUGCCAGUGCUCAUUGUGGACAAUGGACGAAAAACGAUUGUCGGCGCGGUGGAAAUCGGGCGUUACAUUGCACUCAAUUUUCAUCUCUAUGGCUCGAGUAGUAGUGAACAAGAAGAGAUCAAUCAAGUGAUUCGACAAGCCGAAAUACUGAAUCUCGAACUAGCACCGAUUAUCCGAACAACUUUGACAAAGAAUUAUGAUUUGAGGAGAGAAAUCUGGAACGAGUAUAAAGAAAGGACAAUGAAUCCGAUAUUUGAAAAAUGGGAAAACGAAUUGAGGAAGAAGACGACAAUGGUUGGGAAUAAGUAUACUUGGGCCGACAUUUGUGUGGUCGAGCUGUUGACGCGUUUUCAAUGUUGCUAUGAUUCGUUCUUUUUAGCGUCGUGGCCCGCUUUGAAAAAUUUGGUUGAGCGCUUUGAAGAUUUGCCCAACGUUCGUCCGUACCUCCAAACAAGACCGGAUACGAAUUUU